AAUCAUUCUGAAUCAGUGCAACUAUUUUGUAAUGACAUUUUUUUCAUCAUUUACUUUUUUUAUAUUCCUUAUUCUUUUCAUGAUUUUGGUUAAUUGUGAAACACUGUUUUUAUUUGGUGAUGCUGUGGUAUUUUUUGAGAGGGUUCACUCACUUAGCUAGCUUAGCGCUACUGAAGAGGGGCUGGUAGCCUAUAGUGUGUACAAUAAGAAACACACAGCCAGCAUCUCUCUCUCUCUUUGCCUCCCUCCCUCUCUCUUUCUCUUUCUCUCAUACACACACCCCUCCCCUCUCAUCCUACCUCGCGCUCCUUUUCCCUUUACUCUCUCCCCUACUCCCACCUCUACCAACCAACAUGGCCGCUAAGUCGGACGGAGCGGCGGUGGCGGCGUGCUUGGCGGAGCCGGAGCGGGAGCAGGCUCUGGAGCAGGCUCGGGAGAGCGGCAGGCGCGGGGAUGCGGAGGCUCGGGCGGGCCGCUCCUCGCCGCUGCUGGACUGCUGCUGGGUGGUGUGCGCGAUGCUCGUCUUCUUCCUGGACGCCGCCACGGACCUGUGGCUGGCCGCUGACUACUACGCGCGGCGGGACUACUGGUGGUUCGCGCUCACGCUGGUGUUCGUGGCCGUGCCCUCCACCGUGGUGCAGGUGCUCAGCUUCAGGUGGUUCGUCUACGAUUACACGGAGCUGGAGGAGACGGAGGAGCGGCCGCGGGAGGAGCUGGAGGCGGCGACGGGGGAAGGAGGAGACUGCCAUCUGCUCGGCGGGAGUAAAGGAGGCGCUGGAGGAGGAAGAGGAGGAGGGGCGGGCAGCCGUACCCUGCGCUGCUGCAGGGCGUGCAUGUGGCUCUUCCAGUCCGCCGUACACAUCCUGCAGCUGGGCCAGGUCUGGAGGUAUGUCCACACACUGUAUCUGGGUGUGCAGAGCCGGUGGCACACUGAGCCGGGUCACCGCCACUGCUACUGGCGCCUGAUGUUUGAGACGGCUGACAUCAACAUGCUGAGACUGCUGGAGGCCUUCCUGAAGAGCGCGCCCCAGCUAGUGCUGCAGCUCAGUAUCAUGAUCCACAGCAGACACAUACUGCCCCUGCAGGGUCUCUCUGCCUCUGCCUCUUUGGUCUCCUUGGCCUGGAUGAUCGCCUCCUACCAGAAGGUCCUUCGUGACUCGCGUGACGACAAGCUCCCCAUGUCCUACAAGGCAGUGAUCAUGCAGAUGCUUUGGCAUCUCUUCACCAUCGGUGCUCGCACCAUCGCCUUUGCCCUCUUUGCCUCCGUCUUCCAGCUCUACUUCGGCAUCUUCAUUGUGGCACACUGGUGUGCCAUGACCUUCUGGAUCAUCCAAGGUGAGACGGAUUUCUGCAUGUCCAAGUGGGAGGAGAUCAUCUACAACAUGGUGGUGGGCAUCAUCUACAUCUUCUGCUGGUUUAACGUCAAGGAGGGUCCGGCACGCUUCCGCCUAGGCGUCUACUACUCUGUAAUCCUGGUGGAGAAUGCGGCGCUCACGGCGGCCUGGUACAUCUACCGGGGGCAGCAAACCUCAGACUUCUAUGCUCUUAUUAUUGUAUGUGUGGUGGUGUGCAGCUACGCCCUGGGGACUUUCUUCAUGUUUGUCUACUACUGUCUGCUCCAUCCAGAUGGUCCUAUCCUUGGGACCCAGUGGAGCUGUGUGGAGGAAGGGAUGGGGGUCAUUGGGUUAGGGGGUAUGGAUCUGGGGACACCUCUACCCCAACCAGACGUGAUUACUAGUCCCCCGAGAACCCUACCAAGGACUACGGGUGGGGAGCGAGAGCCUGGGGUUGGGGACAGGGACAGUUGCUUGCCCGUGUUUCAGGUGAGGCCGCAGAGUGUGCCUACAGUACCUUCCCCCCGAACACCCAAAACAGAGGGUCCCGUGAUCCGUAUUGACCUUCCCAGGAAGAACUACCCUGCCUGGGACGCACACUUCAUCGACCGCAGGUUGAGGAAGACCAUCUUGGUGCUAGAAAACACGUCUCCAGUGACGCCACGGAUCCAGUACCGCAGCCUCAGCAGCCCCAAAGAGGUCACAGAGUACGAGACUACUGUGUAGUGCAAGUGUGCUAGACAUCCCACCACCAGGGGGCUCCACUUGGGACUCUCUGCCUCGAAAUGCAUCUCUGCGCAGAGAUGUUAGAGGCACAGUUGAGAGCAGACAAGUGGUCAACACUGGGCGAUGACGUCCCAGAACACGGAUGGUGCUACAAAUGUUGGACCUGUGCAUGCAUGGGGCACGGGAUACUGCCACCACCUGGCAACAAUCGCCUGUUGUUCUCAGAGGGUUUCUUAUGAACGGGACACAAGGAACGAAAGAAUGAAUGAGAUUAGGGUUUAAAGGCCAGCUGGUAAAGGAAAGGACUUCUAAUGAAAAUGCUAAAGAACAUUUAAGCUAAGAUCAGUGCCACGAAGCCAACACUAAGUACUGUUCUUAAAAAAAAAAGAAUUGCCCACAUGUUAAGGUAUCUGUCAAGGUAAAGGUGAUGAUUUUGAUUAACAAUGAUGAAGUAGGAGAUUGCAGAAGAUACAUGUUAAAUGCUAGAAGAACUGACCAACCGGUUCAACCAUGAACCCAUACUGGUCUAAAUCUUUAUUGUUAUAGUGACUUGAAAACAGUACCAGUUGUGUAUUACUUUGCUUCUGUGAAUGGUGAGAGUAGCCAGUUAAAAUCAUCCAUUUUUCCUUAAAUGAGUAAUUGAUUUAUUUAUUGAUUGAUCUAUUUAUUAGAUUUAUUUUUAUUACUCUGUGGCCAUGAUACAGUUCUUCUUAUAAUACAUCCAUGUAUACAUAUAAUCUUUUUGUUAUAUGUAUACAGUAUAUUGGAAUGGUGCCAGUGUGUUGGUAUGAAUGUUUUUGGGUUGUCUGUACGUUCAGUUGGUCUUGAUCAUACUGCAUUGUUUAUCUGUAAAGAUAAAAAAAAGCAGAAAAGUGCAUACGAAGAAAAAAAAAUCAAGCUAUGAUCAAAAUGUAGUUGGAAAAAAAAGUUGUCGUAGUAAAAACGGCUGUGUCGACAGCCUUGGAAAAAAAGAGAAAACAAGACAAAA